CCCGCGGGCCGGGUCACGUCGGCGUGGUCUUGCGUUACGACUGGAGCUCGCUGCUGUCAUGCGCCAUGUUAGCCGAGUGUGAGGCGAGCCUUCCGAAAACUAGGCUUGACGUUAGGAUGAGCUACUGUCAGGGCACCGGAGCGCAUCGGCGGCGCCGAUGAAGCACCGGUCGGGGCCGAGGCCGAAGUUCGGCCUCGAAACCAUUAUUGAUCUUGACUAUGGAGGAUCAAGUUAACUUUAGUAACACAAGAGGCCAGACUUUGACCAGCCAACCGAUCACCAACUACCUCGUAAAAUACCGCAGCGCAUUGAAAGAGGUUGCACCAACAGACGCGCAACAUGCAUGCCACGACUUUCAGUAUUCUAGUCCUGCCCGGAGACCAUGUUGGUCCUGAGGUCAUGGCCGAGGCACUCAAGGUCCUCGAUGUGAUUGAGGAGUGCCGGCCCGGCGUCAAGUUCGAGCGCACUUUCGACCUCGCCGGUGGAUGCAGCAUCGACGAACACGGAACGCCAAUCACUGAAGAGGUCCUCGAUAAAGCGAGCAAAAGCAAUGCGGUCCUCUUUGGCAGCGUCGGAGGCCCGGAAUGGGCCAACCGCUCUCCCAAUCCCGAGUCCGGGCUGCUCCGCCUCCGGCAGCGACUGGACGCCUUUGCCAACCUGCGGCCGUGCGAAGUCAUUGUUCCCUCGCUCAUCGACGCCUCACCUCUGAAGCCAGAGAUCCUGCGCGGCACCAAGUUCAUCGUCGUCAGGGAGAACUGCGGCGGCGCCUACUUUGGCGACAAGCAGGAGACGCCAGACCUCGCCUCCGAUCUCUGGGUCUACACGCCACCAGAGGUAGAACGGUUGGCUCGCGUAUCGGCUGCCGUCGCACAGAUUAUGGGAUGCUCUGGGGACGGCAAGGGCGGAGGUGGUCCGGCAGUGGUCUGGAGCGCUGACAAGGCAAACGUUCUCGCCAGCGGCAGGCUCUGGCGCAGGGUUACAUCCGAGGUGUUCGCCAAGGAGUUCCCUGAUGUUGAGUUGCAGCACCAGCUUGCCGAUAGCAUGGCCAUGCUCAUGGUCAAGAACCCGCGCGGGUUCAACGGGGUUAUCCAUACCGACAAUACGUUUGGAGACAUUCUAUCCGAUAUCUCAGGAGGCAUCGUCGGCAGCCUUGGCAUCCUCCCCAGUGCAAGCAUCUCGGGCAUUCCGGGCAAGGGCAAGUGCAACGGCAUCUACGAGCCGGUUCAUGGGAGUGCCCCAGACAUUGCCGGCAAAGGCGUUGUGAACCCGGUCGCACAGAUUUUGAGUCUGGCUAUGAUGCUCAGGUACUCUUGCCUGCUUGUUGACGAGGCGGCGGCCAUCGAGAAAGCUGUCGAGCUUGUCUUCGAUACCAAAGAGUCUGGUGGGCUCGGCAUGCGGACGCGAGACAUGGGAGGCCAGGCCGGGACACGUGAGGUUGGCGACGCCAUCUGCGAAGUCGUCAGGAACCUUCUGCAGGGUUAAAUCGAGAACAGGGUUUAUAGAGACAACACACUGUGGCUGCUGCUGCUUUGUCUCCUGCAUGAAGUUCAGUGUUGGUUCUUCGCGCCGUUCAGGAUGGAGAACGACGCCUGUUGAUCGAGACAUGUACUCAUUCUUUCGCGCCAGUAAUCGAUUGUGGAU